AGAAGAAGAAGAAGAAGACACAGCGGAUGUAAACAUCAACAAGUUUAGCAGCAGGCAGUUCCCUCAACCUCAUGGCUUGGUUAUUGCUCUGAUGUGCGUUGUCAGCCUUUCAUAUAGACAGACACCUGCGGGGGUCAAAGGUCAGAUCCUCCCCCUGGAUACAGAGACUGUCCAAUCAGAGGAGAGCAAACUGAGGAAACCUCCUCCUGCAGAUGUCGUGGUGAUGUUGUCGGUGAAGCAGAGGUACCAUGACAUCAGCCCUGUGACUCUGCAGGUGGUGGGCGGGGCUGUGAGCUCCAGUCUCUACUGUGGGGAGGUGGAGGGUCUGCCAGGGGGGGUGACGGGGCUGGUGGAGUCCUUCCUGGUGGAGCUUUAUCGCUGUAAACUCUGUCAAUUCACCUGUGGCCUCAAGACCUCCAUCAGCAGCCACCUGCUGCUCAGGCAUCGUCCCCCCGCCCUCACUUACCUGAAGGGAGCUGACGAAGGGGGUGCGGCUAAUGGCGGAGAUGAGGCGGGACUCCAGCGGGGGGCGUCACCCUACCAACUGGAUCUGAACGGAGAGUCGAAGCAGAGCGACGAGGACGAGGAGUUCCUGCUGUACAACAUGCUGGACAACAUGAGCCCAACCACCUGUGACAUCAGCACCGAAGGGGGGCUGCAGGUCGCACACACCUGUGAGGUCAGCACUUUGUUUGAGGAGGAGGAGGAGGAGGAGUCCUCCAUCUUCCCUCUGAAGGGGAGUUCAGUGGAUCUGUCCUGUCCCAUUGACCCCCCUGCCACCCAGGAGGAGAUGGCUCAGUCCGCUCACCUCAUGACUCUGGGACUGUGUCGCAUCUCAGCCGCCAGACCUCCUCCUCCCACUGCUUCAUCCGGACAUGUACAACACCCCCCUCCACCUGAAGACUCCCCCCAUCUGUCCCAGGCCGACAGCCUGAAACAGAGCAGGACAGAUGGCCGACAGACGAGGACUUCACCUUCCGGCAGGCGCAGGCUGCCGUGUUUUCUGUGUCCUGUGAUGAUGCCGUCCAGGCGACUGCUGGAUGUUCAUGUCCGUUCCCACCGAGCGGCCGGUGGCUUCGGCUGCGUCCGUUGCAGCUGGACGGCCAACAGCUGGGAGGAGCUGGAGCCUCACUGGAGAAGCCACUGCAGGAGGAGGAGGAGAAGGAGGAGGGAGGAAAAGAAGGAGAAGGAGAAGAAGAAGAAGAAGAAGGUGGCAGCGGUGUUGAGCUUUCCCAUUUCUAUGAAGACAUUCGUGAACGUUGCGUCACGAAACGCUCACCAGCAAACUCAUCAACACAGCAGCUACUCAGAUGGGUGGAGGGGCCUGCCGAUUGGACAAGCACAAGGGAAGGAGGCGGAGCAUACAGACAGUCAGACCAGUAGAACUCGGACUAGUUCACUGCAGAGCAUCACAGAGAAGAAGACCAACACCAGAAGAAAGAAAAAAGAGGAAGAGGAAAAGGAGGCUGAGCAGACGUCUGGAGAGAUCAGAGACCAGACAGGUUUCUGCUGCUCGCUGUGUCACAGGAAGUUCUCCUCUAAGCUGACUCUGAGGCGUCACCUGGGCGUCCACGGAGGAGAGAAACCGUUCACCUGUCCUCACUGUUCAUACAGCAGCAGACUGAAGGCCUCACUGCUGCAACACCUGAGGACUCAUACAGGUGAGAAGCCGUACAGGUGUGCUGAGUGUCCGUAUGCCUCUAUAGAUCGCAGCUCUCUGCUCAGACACUGCAGAACUCACAGUCAGGAGAAACCGUACAGGUGUCAACACUGUGACUACAGCAGUAUUCAGAAGAAGAGUUUGGACCUCCAUGCUCGCCGUCAUCACACAGGUGAGGCGUUUCCAUGCCGUCAGUGUGAGUACUCGAGUCCGGACCGUCAGCUGCUGCUCAGACACGUCCGCCGACACCACGGCCCCUCCCAGCAUGCCACUCUGUGACCUCACAGCUGAUCGGACGCUCAGAUUGGACUGUUAGCUUGUUGGUGGGACUACAGAGCUUAAAUCGAGUCAGUGAUGACAUCACCAGCUGUGCUGCUGAUGUCAUAGUCGUUGUU